AUGAAUUUCGGCCGCAUUGAAGAGUUUCAACCUGAAGCAGGGGAUUUUCAAACCUACAUUGAGAGAUUUGAACAAUUUCUCAAGGCAAAUGAUGUGCCAGAGGAAAAGUAUGUGGCAGUAUUUUUGAGUGUGAUAGGUGCAAAGUCUUAUGCAUUGCUCAAAAGCCUUCUUAGUCCUGAGCAGCCUUCACAGAAGACAUAUUCAACUUUAGUUUCUACUCUAACUGCUCACCUCUCUCCAAAGCCUUUGGUUAUUGCGGAAAGAUUCAAGUUUCAUCAGCGUAACCAGCUUCCACAUGAAUCAAUUUCUGAUUAUUCUGCAGAAUUAAGACGCUUGUCAAACACAUGUGAGUUUGGUUCCUUCCUUCUAGAAGCAUUAAGGGACAAAUUUGUGUGUGGUCUUCAAAAUCGUGUAAUUCAGAAGAAGUUAUUGAGUGAAGCUGAUCUCAAGUUUGACAAGGCAUUGUCAUAUGCAUUGGCCAUGGAAUUGGCAGACAAGAAUACACGUGAAAUGAAGGGAGAAGCUGUUGGAGAAAGUGAAGUGAAGAAGGUCGGCGCAAGUAGCAUCAGAUAUAGUUCUCGAGCAAAGAAGCAGCAGAAAGGAGAUACAGUUCUCACUUUAAAGAAACAGUCUGCGCACACUUCUAAGGAGAAAGGAGUUUGUUAUCGAUGUGGAAAGGGGCAACACAAUCCAUCAGUCUGUAAGUACAAGUCGUACAAAUGCAACAACUGUGGAAAGAUUGGGCACUUAGCAGCAGUAUGCAAGAGUAAGUCAACCAAAUUUGUUGUUUCUGAAUUGCGAGAGGAAGAUGAUUGUGAAACGCGUACCCUUGGGUUAUUCUCUCUGUCUGAGAAGUCAAAGGAAGAUGCACUCAGAGUGACUGUUGAAAUAAAUGAUAGACCAGUAGUUAUGGAAGUUGACACUGGUGCAUCAAUGAGUGUGAUUCCAGCAGACUUAUAUCAUGAAAAGUUGAGGCACAUUGUUCUGGAUAAGCCUACGUACAAAUUCAAAUCCUACUCAGGGACAUUGCCUCUUUUGGGGCAAGCCCAAGUCAAAGUUCGAUAUGGUGACAAACUAAUGUCUAAUGUUUUGAUAGUAGCAGAUAUCAAGGACCAGCCAGCAAUUCUUGGAAGGAAUUGGCUCGAUAGCAUCCAGCCAGAUUGGAGAUCGGUGUUCAAGGUGACAACAGUGAAGAAAAAAUCAUUGAAGGAAAAUAUUCGACAGCAUGGAUGUCUGCCUGAGAUUCAACAGAAACAUCAGGCAGUGUUCGAGCCAGGUCUUGGAACCAUGACAAAUCACAAGGCCAAGAUCAGAAUCAAAUCUGAUUCUCAACCUCGCUUCAAUAAAGCACGACCAGUACCGUAUGCUUUGAAAAAUAAGGUAGAAGCUGAACUGGAGAAACUGGUUGAACAAGGAAUUCUCAUUCCAGUAUCACAUAGUAAUUGGGCAGCUCCGAUUGUUGUUGUGCCGAAGGCUGACAAAUCAAUACGAAUCUGUGGAGAUUAUAAGACGACAAUCAACCCUGUUUUGGAUGUAGACAAAUAUCCCUUACCAAACCCUCAGGACUUGUUUUCAACUCUGGCAGGUGGAUGUUAUUUCACCAAGCUUGACUUAUCGCAAGCAUAUCAGCAGAUGACUCUAGAGGAAAAUUCUCGGGAAUAUCUGACAAUUAACACACAUCGUGGACUUUUUCAGUAUACUCGACUUCCUUUUGGAGUGGCAAGUGCCCCUGCCAUUUUUCAAGCUGCCAUGGAGCAAGUUUUACAAGGUCUAGAAGGUGUCGUGUGCUUCUUGGAUGAUAUGCUCAUUUCAGGGAGGACAGAAUCAGAACAUCUCUCAAGAUUGGAUGAUGUACUUCGACGUCUGGAGCAAAAUGGUCUUCGACUAAAGUUGUCCAAAUGUGAGUUCAUGAAACCAACGGUAAAGUACCUAGGUCAUGUGGUUGAUUCGGAGGGUUUGCAUCCCACCGAAGAGAAGGUUCAAGCUGUGAAAGAUGCACCAAGACCGAAGAAUGUGCAAGAGCUACGUUCGUAUUUGGGCAUGCUGCAGUACUAUGCAAGAUUCCUGCCGAACUUGUCUUCAGUGAUCCAUCCACUCAAUGAAUUACUAUCAAGCAAAACACCAUGGAAAUGGACUCAUGAAUGUGAGAAAGCAUUCGAGGCUUCUAAAGAUGAAUUGGUAUCUUCUCAAGUGCUUGCACAUUAUGAUGUGGAUCUUCCUCUAGGCCUCGCCUGUGAUGCUUCACCAUAUGGCGUUGGCGCUGUUCUUUCACACAUUAUGCCAGAUGGAGAAGAGCGACCGAUUGCGUUUGCAUCACGGACAUUAACUAGCAGUGAGAGGAACUAUGCACAGCUAGAAAAGGAAGCUUUGGCCCUGAUCUUUGGAGUGAAAAAGUUUCACCCUUACAUAUAUGGUCGUCAGUUUACGCUUUUGACUGAUCACAAACCACUAGUUACCAUACUAGGUCCAAAGUCUGGAGUUCCAACGAUAGCAGCAGCUAGGAUGCAGCGUUGGGCCCUAGUUUUGUCUGCGUACAGCUAUGAUAUCAAGUACAAGGGCGGUGCACAGCACAUGAAUGCAGAUGGUUUGUCUCGACUUCCUGUUCAUGUGAAUCAUGCUAAGGAUGAGGAAGAGAGCAUUUUUCAUUAUACUCAACUGGAUGAGUUACCCCUGACAGCACAAGAGAUUGCUGCAGCUACAGCUAAUGACCCUAUACUAUCACAAGUGUUGCAGUAUACACAGAGAGGAUGGCCCAACUCAGUGGAUGAUGGUGGUCUUAAACCAUAUUUUCAUCGCCGACAUGAACUUUCAGUUGAGCAAGAUGUUUUGAUAUGGGGACUAAGAGUCGUCAUGCCUGCAUGUCUGCAGUCUAAGAUGCUGACAGAGUUACACGAUGGGCACAUCGGUAUGAGUCGUAUGAAGAGCUUAGCAAGGAGUUUCUUCUGGUGGCCUAAAUUGGACAAUAACAUUGAAUCACUGGUGAGGAAUUGUCACAGUUGUCUUAAUUUGAGGAAUCAACCAACUGAAGCACCACUUCAUUCAUGGAAAUGGCCUUCAAGAGUUUGGGAGCGAGUUCAUGCAGAUUUUGCAGAACUAGAUGGUCAGCAUUUCUUCUUGCUAGUUGAUGUUUACUCCAAGUGGAUGGAAGUGUAUCCGAUGAAAACGACAACAACUAGUGCCAUGAUUGAUGUGCUGCGACACAUAUUUGCUAUACAUGGUCUACCUGAACACUUUGUUUCGGACAAUGGACCACAGUUCAUUUCUGCACAGCUCGCUGAGUUUUUCAAGUUGAAUGGUGUGAAUCACAUUAGAGUUCCUGCUUAUCAUCCUUCUUCUAAUGGAGCUGUUGAACGUUGUGUACAAACUUUGAAGCAGAAUCUGAAGGCAUACAAAGAGAGUGGAUUGACUACUCAACAUAAGAUUGCCAAUUUUCUCUUCACUUAUCGCAAUACUCCACAUUCCCUAACUGGACGUACACCGGCUGAAUUACUAUUAAGGAGACAACCACGUACUCGUCUGAGUCUCAUCAAACCUUCCUUGGCUGAAAUUGUAGAAAAGAAGCAAGCUGCUAUCAAGAAAACACAUGAUAGAGGGAGUAACAGCAUUCGUCAUUUUGCACCAGGUCAGCAGGUGAUGGUACGUGCAUACAGAGGGAUGAACAAGUGGGACUAUGGAACCAUUGUGAAAGCAUUGGGACCAGUAAGAUAUGUUGUGCAAGUUCGUAAUAAAGAAAGACAUGUUCAUCUUGAUCAGAUCAUUAGGGGACCCGUAAAGGACCUUCCUACAUCUACUUUAGAGGAUGAUGAUGAUAUCCCUCUUUCACUAGCUUCAUAUGACCAGUCUGACGGACAAACAUUAUCACCUCAGAAACAAACUACAUCUGAAGGAGGAUCACGCAGAUAUCCUGUCCGUGAUCGACGUCCACCGGACAGGCUGGACUACAAAUAA